CUUGUCACCUUUAUUAUAUUAACUUACAAAUAUGGUACAAGUACCCAUAAAUGAUCUCAUAGGAAACUUUGGCAAAUAUCACUUCUGGCUUUGUUUUUUGAUAUUCGGCGGUAAAUUCGGAGUAGGGCUACAUCAGAUGGCUAUCAUUGUCCUGGCUCCCCCUGCAGUUUACACUUGCCCAGGCAACUAUACGUGUUGCGAACAUCCUGUUUAUGAUACAACAAUCUUCACUCGAACUAUUGUAACGGAAUGGAAUUUAAUAUGCAAAAAGUCGUGGCUUAAGGAUUUCACCCAAACUGUUUUUCAGUUCGGUGUUCUUAUUGGAAGUCUGUUAAUCGGUAUUGCUUCUGACAGAUAUGGUAGAAAAAAGGCAUUGCUAGUAUCGUCAUUACUAGAAAUGUUUACUGGUGUGUUAACUGCUUUUAUGCCCGACUAUUGGAGUUUCACAAUAAUUCGAUUCAUUUUGGGAGUGUCUGUUGGAGGUGUUAUGGUGACUGGUUUCGUUUUGAUCAUUGAAUAUGUUGGAGUUAUAUACAGAGAUGAAAUAUCAACUAUAUUUCACGUCCCAUUCACUAUUGGUCAUAUGUCAGUGGCGCUUUUCGGAUAUAUCAUAAGAGAUUAUGUAAUAUUUUUACUAAGCGUAUCAGUUGUGAAUUUGUUUAUGCUGAUUUAUAUAUGUUUCUUGCCCGAAUCGCCGAGGUGGUUGAUAGCUAAGAACAAAACAUUUAAGGCGAUAACAUUAAUGGAGCAUAUUGCGAUAAUAAAUAAUCUCCCCAAAGAUGAUAUUCGGCCUCAAGUUGAAACAUAUCAAUUGCUAUCAAUAAGACUGGGUCAAAAGAAAGGAACUGCAUUUGACUUAUUUCGUAAACCCUAUUUGAGGAAGAAUAUUUUGGUGGUGUCAUUUAUAUCUUUCGUGUCGAGCUAUUGCUUUUACGGGAUGUCCCAGUACAUCAGCCACUUGGCAGGCAAUAUAUUCAUAAACAUUGUAGCCAGUAGUGGUGUUUGUAUGGUUGGCUGUUUCUUAGCUAUACCGCUCAUUAAGUUCACAGGAAGGAGAAUAUUAGUUAUCAUCUUUAACAUCUCUUGUAGUAUUUGCCUUGUAAUAAUUGCAGUAAUCCCUGAAGGUACAGGCUCUAUUAGUAUGGGUUGCAUGGGCAUCUUAUGUAGUUUCAUAUCAUUUAUCGUUAUUUAUUUGUACUGUACGGAGAUGUUUCCAACUGUAGUUCGGAAUUCAGCAAUUGGAAUAUCAUCAAUGAUGGCACGACUUGGUUCUAUGGUAGCUCCAUUUGUAGCUGGUUUGAGGCCGCACGGAAAAUGGUGUGCUCCUAUAGCAUUUGGCGUAUUUCCGAUGAUUGCUGCACUUGUGUGUAUACUGCUGCCCGAGACGAAAGGUGUUGAAUUACCAAUGACAAUAGAAGACGAUGAAGAAAUGGGAAUAAAUAGCAUUCAGCAAAGACGUACAGAAGAGUUGACAGACCACGCUGAAAAACAAUCAGCAAGUAAAACAAAAACAAGAGAAACAUAACUUCAGCAAUUU